UCAGCCCAUCGGUCUUCCGCAAAGAACGAGCCCUUCUGCAGCCCUCUUAAGCUCCAGGUGGAUCAAACAGUACAUUUCUCUUGUGCAGACGGAGGUUUUGGGGCUGGGAUGCCCGUGGCAGGCAGCCGGUGCCAGGUGCCCUAAAUUCUGCAUUUGCCAAUCCGACCUCCGCCCCGCUGGAGGAAGCGGGGAAAGGGCCCCCAGAGCAGGGAGCUCUAGUUCCGCUUCCUGGGUUUUUUCUGCUCCUCUCUUCGGCGCUCCAUGGCCGAGCAGGGUGCGGUGCCCGGGGUGGAGGAGGAUCUGACCUGUCCCAUCUGCCUGGGCAUUUACAGGGAGCCGGUGUCCCUGAGCUGCGGACACAGCUUCUGCAAGGAGUGCAUCCAGGAGGUCCGCAGCCACCGGCGUCACCCGCAGGGCCCGUACAGCUGCCCGCUGUGCCAUGCCCCAGCAGACCCCGACAUGGAGCUGCAGACCAACGUCCAGCUCAACAGUAUCGCGCAGAAGUUUCUGAAUACCCCUGCUCACCAAGAAGAGGAAGAGAGUGAAGCGCAGCACGAAGAGAAAGCUGAAAGUUUGGGCCAGCAAGACGAUGUAAUCCUAUGUGAUUUCUGCCUUCAGGAGCCCCAGCCAGCUGUGAAGACCUGCCUGACCUGCGAGGCAUCCCUCUGCCAAGCCCACCUGAGCAAGCACAACCUGAGGACGCCCCUGAAGAGCCAUGUGCUGCUGGGGCCCUGUGGUGCUCAUGUUUUGGCUGAGAGGAAGUGUCCCCAGCACGGCAAACCGCUGGAGUGCUUCUGCAAGACAGACUCGCUCUGCAUCUGCAUGAUGUGCCCUCUCACCAGCUCGCACAAGAACCACGAAAUCACUACUUUGGAGGAGGCUUAUGGCCAAGCACGGAGUGUUUUUCCUGAGGUUCUGGAAAAGGUGAAGACACACAAAGCUGCAAUGAGGAAAAUGGUAUCAAAGCUGCUGAAUCAAGAGGAGGAAGUAAAGACUGAGAAGAGCCUGCAGAGGGAUCUGCUGGAGAGCCUCUAUGAAGAGAUGCAUCGGCAGCUAGAUAACAAAAAAGGAGAGGAACUGGGAGUUCUCAGUCACAAUGAGGAGCAGCAGCUUUUUCAGAUUCAGAGAGAGAGAGAAAAGUACAGGGAGCAGGAAGAUGCAGCCAACUGUGAUGUAGAGAAGCUGGAGGCUCUGCAAGAUCAGAGGGACCCUCUCCUUUUCACCAAGGCUUUUGAAGUGAUUCGGGCCAGGAAACGGGAUCCAGUUCCAAAGAAAGCUGAUGUAGAACUGCCAAAGCUACCCAUUGUUUUGGAUGAAUCAACAACAAAUAAUAUUUUAGUGCUCUUCCAGCAAUUCCUCUCAGAUAUGCAACUCAUAUUUGAAAACCCACCUGUUCGCAGUCAUCUGACUACUUCAAUGGCUUUAGGAGAGGGACUUGCUCAGUGUAGCGACACAGUCAAUGCACCCCUGAGCAGACCUUACUACGUUAGGAAACAAAAUCGUACCUUUCACCUAUGGACUGAAUAUGAUGGAUCCAACUCCAAGAACCCAUACAGAGGCCAUGACACCUCAUACGUGAAGAGCGACCAGAGCUUCUCAGAAGGCUGUCACUUCUGGGACGUGGACAUCAGAAAUGCCCACGACUGCGAGCUUGGAAUUGUUCAAUCCUCUUCUCAGUGCUACCUGCAAAUACUUAAUGAUAAUCUCCGUUUGUUCCUAGGUAAAACAAUGAUCAUGUGCAAACGCUUUCCUACAGAUCUCAAAGUGGUCAGGGUACAACUAGACUGCAGAAGAAAUACACUAUCAUUUUAUAAGGUGUCUCCUAAGCAUGGUGAGAGAUGUGAGUGUAUAGAGACAGUAAGUAUCCCUUCGAACUAUCCUGCCCAUGCUACCUUCAGUGUGUUUAAUGGCUCUUUGAAGCUCCUGUAGUGAUGUGGGGACAAGAUGCUGUUCUGAGUUUCCAGGCCUAUCUGUCGAGACUGCUGCUGUGUGGAGGCUGUGAUAAACUGGCAUACUAGAAACUGGCUUUUGGAGUGCUGCUCAUCUGUAAGGGCAGAGGCACAGCUGUGUAGUGCAAGAAAGCUGCCUUUAUUUCUUUUGUUAAUCAUGAUGGAAAUACGGUGAAGUUGUGCUUUUUUGCUUGUAUGUUAUUAAAUAACAAAAUAGCUGUAUUUUAUUAAAGUAAUUUGGUUUG